GAGACCUCAUCAGCUGACCGAUACCAGUAUCAGUAUCCCCACCACACAAAUCACCCAAAACCACGCCGCAGAGUCACCGACACCCCUCCCGCCAAUGGCUAUGGCCACGACGACGUUAUCUGCCACCGCAAAAAAUUCCUUUCAAAACCACCAGAGGAGACUGCUCUAUCCACUUUCUUUCUCCUCCUCCUCGGAUGUGUACUGUCACCAGAUGCUUGAAUCGGACGUCGUCGUUUGCUCUCAGGUCCGCGAGUAAACAACAGUCGCAGCCACUGCCACUGGUAGUCUCAGCCACCAGCGCCGCCGUGGAAGCUGACCCUCAGUCACUACGGCCGCUUCAUUCAAAACUCCUACCCUUCCGCGUCGGUCACGGCUUCGAUCUCUCACCGCUUGAACCUGGAUACCCUCUGAUCAUCGGAGGUAUCAAUAUUCCUCAUGAAAGAGGCUGCGAAGCUCACUCCGAUGGUGAUGUGUUGCUGCAUUGUGUGGUGGAUGCAAUUUUGGGAGCUUUAGGUUUACCAGAUAUCGGGCAGAUAUUUCCGGAUUCGGAUCCUAAAUGGAAAGGCGCUGCGUCUUCUGUUUUCAUCAGAGAAGCCGUGCGGCUGAUGCAUGAUGCAGGUUAUGAGCUAGGAAACCUGGAUGCCACUUUGAUUUUGCAAAGGCCAAAAUUGAGCCCCCACAAGGAGGUUAUCAGGUCCAAUUUGUGCGAGCUGCUUGGCGCGGAUCCUUCUGUUGUGAAUUUGAAAGCAAAAACUCAUGAGAAGGUUGACAGCCUUGGGGAGAAUAGGAGUAUUGCGGCACACACUGUGGUGCUUCUUAUGAGGAAGUAGCAGAUAAUAGGUUUCAAAAUAAAAGUUAUCUUCAAUAAUUUCAUGAAGUCGUCAAACUUAAAUGCAUGCUCCUCGUCCAUGGUCCUGAUGUCAAAGGAGUUGAGUUGACUGCGCACGUGGAUGAAUUCAGCCCAAAUAUUCUCUACCUGCGCAUCAAAGUUAGACUUGUGUAUCUUUUCUAGUUUGAAUGUCCUCGUGUUUUCACUAUCUCCGCCUCUCUUCCCCUUUCCCCUUCCUCUCCCAUCCCAAACGUGGCGAAUUCUAUACUCGAAAAGUCAAUACUAUAGUCAUACUAUAUCUGCUUCAAUAA